AUGUCGCCUCCAGUACCGGUGUACUCCAGAGCCGAGAUUGAGAGACGGUAUCAGGCACUCGACAAUCCAGAGAAAUACAACUGUCUGCUCAAAAGCAUAACACAGCAUGAGUGCACGUUCCGGUUCGUGGACGAUCAACAAGAAGUCAUUUGCUUGCCAUUCAAACGUCUUUUUCAGCGGUGUCUCCUACCACACACAAUAAAGACAAACGGAAAAGUCACCCAAGUCGAUCGAUGGACAAACAUUGAAAUCACCGAUAUCGAAACCAAUCGUGAUAUUGUUACUGAUCCGAAAUACGCUAAAGAUGUCGACGACUUCCAAGGGGCGGAAAAGGAGUUCAGAGACAUGAUGUGGAAAGAAGUGGAGGCAUCAGGAUAA